AUGUUCACUGUGCCCGUCCUCGUCGCGCAGCUCGUCUCUUCCGCUCUCCACUUCACUCUGUCGCCUAGCAGGUCUCUCUUCGAGCCGCAGGCGCCGCUGCAGCACUAUGGGCACGACGGGUUUCUCGCCCCGCCGACGGAGGCGACGAAGUCUAUUGCUAUCGUAGGAGGCGGCAGCGGCGGGCUCGCCGCGCUCAAGACGAUCCUGGACGUCGCGAAUGACAUUCACGAGAACUGGGAGGUCGUGCUCUUUGAACAACAUAGAGGUCUGGGUGGGGUAUGGCUCCCUGACCCUCCAGGACUUGAGACUGAAUUCCCGGAGCUUCCUGAGUCGCCAACCUACCCCCUGCUGCACACAAAUACACCACAUCCUACCAUGACCUAUCCCCAUGUCCCAUUUCCACCGGGUACCGAGCUGUACCCGGGGUGGGACGCGGUGCGCCAGUAUCAUGCAGAUUUCGCGACCCAGUUCGACUUGUGGCCGCAUAUUAGCCUCAAUCACACUGUCGUCUCUGCCCAGUGGCACGGGCAUGACGACUUCGGCGACUGGCACGUCGAAGUGCACUCUCCUCCGGUAGACGGAGACACUGAAGAUGUGGUGCUGAAGCGCACGUUUGACCACCUCGUCGUCGCUAACGGCCACAACCACUAUCCGCACAUUCCGGAAUGGAACGGGACCGACGACUGGCUCGCGUAUCCGCGCCCUGGCGUACCAGGUCGUCAGAGGAACGCGACCACUACUCCAGGAGCAAACGUGAUCGAGAAGCCGGAGAUCGCGUACUUCACGCCGGACGCCAUCGUCUUCGUGGACGGCUCGGUCGUCGAGGGCGUCGACACCGUCUUCCUCGCGACCGGGUACGAGUUCCGCGUGCCCUUCCUCAGCGCGCCGCACGCAUCCACGCUAGUCACCGACCGCGACUCGCAAGAAACCUCGUCCACCGCGCAACAGCUCACGACGAACCUGCGGUACAUCUACCCGCUCUACCAGCACGUCUUCAGCCUCGCGCCCGCCGUGCCGCCCACCGCGCUCGCGUUCCUCGGGCUGCCCGUGCUCAUCGCGAACUGCCCCUCGGACUACGCGCAGGGCAUGUACAUCGCGCACGCGCUCGCGAACGCGUCGCUCCUCCCGCCGCGCGAGCAGAUGCUCCAGGAGCUCCUCGACAGGGAGGAGGCGCUCCGCGAGAAGGGCUUCGACCCCUACUUCGUCGGGCACCGCCUGCAGAACGACAACGAGGCGCAGACGUACCAGGACAACCUCGUCGCGUACCUCAAGAAGCACGGCGCGGUCCCGGACGACGGCAAGCCGUACGUCGAGCCGUGGAGGCGGAUGGGCCGUGAGCAGAACUUCUUGAUCAACCGGGGCUGGAAGCGGAUACAGGAGCAGGGCGAGGAGGCUCGGUGGCUGCGGGGUGUGCGUACGGAGAGUCAGUGGGCUGCUCUGCUGGACAAGAUCGCCGAGUGGCAGAGCAGGUGGGAGAAGGAGCACGGUAUUACGGAGAAGGUAGUUACAUUGCAGGAUUACGAGUGGUAG